UCGUCAGUAUGUGGGAGAAUCAUGGAGCUGCUGGGCCAGCACGAGGUGGACUGUAAGCAGCGGCAGGUUGCCAUCCUCAGCCAAGACUCCUUCUACAAAGUCUUAACCCCCGAGGAGAAGGCCAAGGCCUUCAAGGGGCAGUUCAACUUCGACCAUCCAGAUGCCUUCGACAACACCUUGAUUGAAGAGACCCUGAGAAACAUCAUAGCAGGGCAGACCGUUCACAUCCCAGUCUACGACUUUGUCACACAUGCCAGGAGAGAGGGAGAGUUCACCACGAUCUACCCUGCAGACGUGGUGUUGUUUGAAGGCAUCCUGGUGUUCUACUACAGAAACAUCCGCGACCUGUUCAACAUGAAGCUGUUCGUGGACACAGAUGCAGACACAAGACUCUCCAGAAGAGUUUUGAGGGACAUCAAUGAGCGAGGGAGAGACUUGGAGAAUGUGCUGGUCCAGUACACAACCUUCGUCAAACCAGCGUUCGAGGAAUUCUGUCUCCCUACAAAAAAGUAUGCAGAUGUCAUCAUUCCAAGAGGAGUAGAAAACAAAGUUGCCAUAAACCUGAUUGUGCAGCACAUCCAAGACCUGAUGAACGGGGGGUGGAAGAGACACAAUGGGAGAAACCGCUCUGACUCUGAGGGCAUGGAGAUCCCACUGCACUGAGUCUCACCAGCUCCCUACAUUACAUACUGCACAAUGUACCGGCAGAAUGUACUGCACCUGCGCGAAACCAUCAUUUUUCUCGGUUUCCGUUGGAUGUUUCGUCAAAUGUUGCAUCAGAAUUUUGCCUGUUGCAGAAAAUAGUUUUUCCAACACAACAUUUGGAAACUACAGACGGAUGUUAACCCUAUAUGGGCGAAUGUGACCUUAUAUGAGAUGUUCUGCCAAAGUGCUGUGCACAAUACGUUGUGGGUUUUGCGCAGGUGCAGUACGUUCUGCCGAUGUGCUCACAACAGCUGAUAAGGGAAGGACAGUGCUCUACAGUGUGGAUCAUUUUGUACGAUGUCUUGUUUGAUCCUUGCGUAAGGUUCAGGUUAUCUCUACCAUUUGAUGUACAAGAAAGAAAGAAGAGAAAUGUUACAGAAUACAGGUGCCAUUUUUGCUAACUCUGCAAGAAAUGUAGCAUCUCACUGUACUGUGUGUAUAGCUGUUGCAGUCAUUGUACAAAUGUGUGCCCUUUUCUGUUGCACGCCACAUUCAUUCACACGUAAGCUUAUAAGGUUAUGUUUAGAGUCUUACUUAUGUACAAUAAUGUUCUUAAUACUUGAGGCUUCAGCCAAUAAGAAAUGGGAAAUAGCUAAAUGCGACAGAUUGUCUUACUCUGUCUCUAAGCUUUAUCAGUUAUGAUAGACCAAUUAACAGUAAGUGAAGUUUAGCUAAGUCUCAUGUGGUAGCUGUUCUUUCCUACAGUGCAUAGAUGUACAGGGUAUUACUUACUAGAGGAACUUUUAUUAUGCUUGGGAAGUUGGGAGACUAUCCCAUUGAAAUGGUGCCAAUAUAGUGAACCAAAGUUAUCGAUACAUGCACUUUUACAUUGUUUAAAGCCACUGGGGUGUCCGUAGGCAAAAGUGUGGCAGACUGUUUUUUGUCAAACAUGAGUUAGCUACAAUGUAGCUACUUUCCCCAUAGACAUACAUGUAGAUCUUUCCGCUGAACAAUUGCAUGGUGGAAGAAUCAGAAAAGAUAUAUGCACAGUCAGUUGUCAUCCCCAACCAAACCUCAAAACUACCUACAUAGCAGGAAUAUCUUAUCUGU